AUGGGACAGACUGUCGUUACCCCCUUGAGCCUAACUACUGACCAUUGGUCGGACGUCAAAGGCCGGGGGAGCGAUGAAGGUGUAGUCAUCAAGAAAAAUAAAUGGAUGACCCUCUGUGAGGCCGAAUGGGUCAUGAUGGAUGUAGGAUGGCCACGGGAAGGAAUUCUGACAGACGAACCGCCACCCUACCAGCCGACCCCCCCAGCGUCACCUGCGGCCCCGGCGGCUGCGCCCGCGGCGGCCCCGGCUGCGGUGUCGGCCGCGGCCCCGGCGGCUGCGCCUGCUGUGGCUCUAGUCGCGGCGCCGGCUGCGACCUCCCCGGCAGCCGCGCCCCCCGUGAUGACCCCGCUCGAUGAGGACUCGGAGGAGGAAGAAGAAACAGUCCAGUCCCCCAUCGCGGGCCGCCUCAGGGGCCGCCGAGUCGGCCCCCCCACUAAAUCCAAAGCCUUCCCGCUUCGGGAAGGACUCAACCAUCAGUUACAAUAUUGGCCCUUUUCUGCCUCAGACCUUUAUAAUUGGAAACAACAUAAUCCCCCUUUCUCCAGGGAUCCUGUUGCCUUGACCGGCCUAAUUGAGUCCAUCCUAGUGACUCACAGGCCGACUUGGGGCGACUGUCAGCAGCUCCUGCAGACCCUCUUAACAGUGGAUGAAAAGCAGAGAGUUUUCCUGGAGGCCCGGAAGCAGGUUCCGGGCGAUGACUGGAGGCCAACCCAACUCCCAAAUAUCAUCGAUGCAGCUUUUCCCUUGACCCGCCCAGACUGGGACUUCAAUACACCUGAAGGUAGGGAGCAUCUACAUCUCUAUCGCCAGUUGCUCUUAGCGGGUCUCGGAGCGGCCGCCAGAAGGCCUACCAAUUUGGCUCAGGUAAGGAAUGUGAUACAGGGAAAGGAAGAAACACCUGCUGCAUUUUUAGAGAGGCUGAAGGAGGCUUAUAGGAUGUACACUCCAUAUGAUCCAGAAGACCCAGGGCAAGCACCAGGUGUCAUCUUAUCAUUUAUCUACCAGUCUAGCUCAGAUAUCCGAGCCAAAUUGCAGCAGUUGGAAGGUUUACAGGCGCUAGGUUUGCCAGACUUAUUGAAGGAAGCAGAGAAAGUGUUCAAUAAGAGAGAAACUCCUGAGGAGCGUGAGGAAAGGAGAUGGCAGAAACAAGAGGAAAGGGACAAGAAACAGCAUAGGGAGAUGAAAAAGGUUUUGGCCGCCGUUGUGUCUCAGGGACAGCGGAGAGAGGGAGAUAGGUCGGGAGAGCGAAGGAGGCCACCCCUUGAUAAAGAUCAAUGUGCUUACUGUAAGGAGAAGGGACACUGGGCCCGAGAGUGCCCCAAGAAGCCACAAGGACCCCGCCGACCCAAGCCCAAAACCCCGGCAUUCUGCACUGGUGCAGGGGCAACUGGAAACAAGAGGUAUUACUGGACUGCCGAGAGAAAGGUCCAACUGGCAUCAGGGCAAGUAACUCACUCCUUCCUGCAUAUACCUGAAUGCCCCCAUCCACUGUUAGGACGGGACCUAUUAACCAAAUUGAAGGCACAAAUCUACUUUGAUGAGAAGGGACCAAGGGUCACGGGUCCUAAAGGAGACCCCCUACAAAUCCUUGCCCUCAGUUUAGAGGAAGAAUACCGUUUGUUUGAGGCAGAACCCCCGGAGAAAUCACCUGAGGAGCUACAGAACUGACUGAGAGAGUUUCCUCAGGCCUGGGCAGAGACUGCGGGCUUGGGGCUGGCACGCGAUCAGCCGCCGCUGAUGAUCUCACUAAAGGCCUCCGCAACUCCCGUUUCAAUCAGACAAUACCCAAUGUCACGGGAAGCUCAUGAGGGGAUCAAGCCCCAUAUUCGGAGGCUCCUGGACCAAGGGGUGUUAAAGCCCUGCCAGUCCCCUUGGAACACCCCUCUCUUGCCUGUUAAGAAACCGGGGACAGGGGACUACAGGCCGGUCCAGGACUUGAGAGAGGUCAAUAAGCGGGUGGAGGACAUACACCCCACGGUGCCUAACCCCUAUAACCUUCUGAGCACCCUCCCACCAACCCACGUCUGGUACACUGUGCUAGACCUGAAGGAUGCCUUCUUUUGUUUAAGACUGCACCCUCAAAGUCAACUGCUAUUCGCUUUUGAAUGGAGGGACCCGGAAAAGGGCUCCUCGGGACAAUUAACCUGGACCCGGCUCCCUCAGGGCUUCAAAAAUAGCCCAACCCUCUUUGAUGAGGCCCUACAUGCAGAUCUGGCCGGAUUCCGGGUCGAACACCCAACCCUGACUCUGCUCCAGUACAUGGAUGAUCUACUCCUGGUGGCCAGGAGUCGAACCGAGUGCAUGGAGGGCACUCGAGCCUUAUUGGCCAGACUUGGGCAGAAGGGCUAUAGAGCCUCAGCCAAAAAGGCUCAAGUAUGCCGAGACAAGGUUACCUACCUGGGCUACACCCUGAGCCGGGGGCAAAGAUGGUUAACAGGAGCAAGGAAGGAGACGAUAAUCUCCAUCCCCCCUCCUCGGAACCCCCGCCAAGUUCGAGAGUUCCUGGGUACAGCUGGGUACUGCCGCCUUUGGAUUCCUGGCUUUGCCAAACUGGCAGCCCCAUUAUACCCCCUCACUAAACCAGGGACCAUGUUCCAAUGGGAGGAGAAGCAUCAGAAAGCGUUCCAACAGAUCAAGAAGGCCUUACUCGAGGCCCCGGCUCUGGGUCUACCAGAUCUAACCAAGCCCUUUGAGCUGUUUGUGGAUGAGAACUCAGGUUUUGCCAAAGGGGUACUGGUGCAGAGACUGGGACCUUGGAGGAGACCUGUAGCGUACUUGUCCAAGAAAUUGGACCCGGUGGCUACAGGAUGGCCUCCAUGCCUCCGCAUGGUGGCAGCCAUUGCCGUAUUACUCAAGGAUGCCGGAAAGCUGACUCUGGGACAGCCAUUGACUGUGCUGGCCUCCCAUGCAGUGGAGGCCUUGGUCCGACAACCACCGGACAGAUGGCUUUCUAACGCCAGAAUGACUUACUAUCAGGCAUUACUACUGGACUCAGACCGGGUAAAUUUUGGGCCGAUAGUUUCCCUUAACCCUGCUACCUUGCUGCCACUGCCUAGCCCCUCCGAGGAGCAUGACUGUCUCCAGAUUCUAGCCGAAGCACAUGGCACCCGCCCUGAUCUGACAGAUCAGCCGCUUAAGGAUCCAGACGCUGUCUGGUACACAGAUGGGAGCAGUUUCCUGGAGGAAGGGGAACGCAGAGCCGGGGCAGCUAUAACCACCGAAUCAGAAGUGGUAUGGGCAUCGUCGCUCCCGCCCGGGACAUCGGCCCAGCGCGCAGAACUGAUUGCGCUCACCCAAGCCCUCCGGAUGGCAGAAGGUAAGAAGCUCACAGUUUAUACUGACAGCAGAUAUGCCUUCGCCACUGCGCAUGUCCACGGGGAAAUUUACAGACGGAGAGGCCUGCUGACGUCCGCGGGUAAGGAAAUCAAAAACAAAAAAGAGAUCCUAGACCUCCUAAAGGCCCUGUUCCUCCCGCUCCAACUCAGUAUUGUCCACUGCCCAGGGCAUCAAAAGGAUGACUCUGCGGUAGCCAGAGGGAAUCGGCUGGCAGAUCUGACUGCCCGAACAGUGGCUUCCCAGCCAGCAGGAAGCAGCCAGUUGAUGGCUAUACAAGAACCACAGCCUGAGAGAGACCCUGUGCCCUAUAGCCCAGAAGACCAUGAGCUAGCAAAGAAAAUGGGGUCGGACUGGGAACAAAGAAGACAGGCAUAUAUACUAGGGGACCGGAUGGUCAUGUCAACCUCCCAUACCCGAUAUAUGCUGAGAUUCCUCCAUGCAUUGACCCAUUUGAGCAAAAACAAGAUGAAGACCCUAUUAGACAGAGAAAACACCUGGGCAGUGUUGCUGAACCAAGAUCAGGUACUCCAGCAGGUAACUUCUACCUGCCCAGCCUGUGCUCAAGUCAACGCAGGAAAGGUUCAUCUAAACAAGGGGGCCCGCCAAAGAGGCCAUCGUCCUGGUGUUCAUUGGGAAAUAGACUUUACAGAAGUAAAACCCGGACUCUACGGGUACCGGUACCUCCUGGUCUUCGUGGACACCUUUUCUGGAUGGAUCGAGGCAUUUCCAACCAAGAAUGAGACGGCUAACGUGGUAACGAAGAAACUGUUGGAAGAAAUCUUCCCCAGGUAUGGGAUGCCUCAAAUAUUGGGGUCGGAUAACGGGCCUGCCUUCGUCUCUCUAAGUCAGAAGGUGGCCAAACUAUUGGGGGUUGAUUGGAAACUCCAUUGUGCAUACCGCCCCGAGAGCUCAGGACAGGUAGAACGAGCUAAUAGAACAAUCAAGGAGACUUUAACCAAAUUAACACUUGCAACUGGCACUAGAGAUUGGGUGCUCCUACUUCCCUUGGCUCUCUACCGAGCCCGAAAUACUCCUGGCCCACACGGCCUAACCCCUUUUGAGAUCAUGUACGGGGCCCCACCUCCUGUUGUAAACUUUCUCCAUCCUGAUAUUUCAUCUUUUGCCACCACCCCUACUUUAGAGGCACAUCUUCAAGCCCUCCAACUGGUGCAGAGGGAGAUCUGGAAGCCCCUGGCCAAGGCUUAUCAGGAGCAGCUAGACAAGCCGGUGGUGCCCCACCCCUUCCAGAUCGGGGACUCCGUUUGGGUCCGACGACACCAGACCAAGAAUCUGGAACCACGGUGGAAGGGGCCCUACACUGUCUUGCUGACCACCCCCACUGCACUCAAGGUCGACGGGAUUGCUGCAUGGAUCCACGCCUCUCAUGUGAAGGCUGCCAGGGAACCCGACCCAGCAGGAUCCAGAAAGUCAACAUGGACAGUGCGCCGCACACGAAACCCCCUAAAAAUAAGGUUGGCCCGUGGUUCCUCUUCCUCCCCUCCUCUUAAUCUCUGCCUACCCCAGGGGACUAGGGCGGCAGAGAGCCCGCACCUAGUUAAGAGGCUCACUUGGCAGGUCAUCUCACAAACUGGGGAGACGGUCUGGCAAACGACCGCCCUUCACACCCCCUUUACAUGGUGGCCUAACUUGCAUCCAGAUCUCUGCCAACUAGCAGCAGGGUCAGAGGACUGGGACAUCCCUACCACUGACCCCAUGAACCCCAGAGCACCAGACGUCUGUCAGGAUGCGCCCCUCUUUACCCGCUCCGGCACCCCCGAGGGCUACCCCCGACCCAAUUCGGCCAUUCGCCCAAGCACGGCUCCGAAUGCUACUGUAACCCCAGUCACCCUCCAGCCACCCAGGCCCGGUACGGGAGACUGGCUAUUGAAUCUUAUAGAGGGCGCUUACUCAGCCCUCAAUGUUACCAACCCAAAUCGGACUCAGGAGUGCUGGUUAUGCCUAGUCUCCACACCUCCCUAUUAUGAGGGGGUGGCCGUAGUCGGAAGCUUCACCAAUUCUUCUUCACCCCCGUCAGGAUGUGCCUCGACACCUCAGCAUAAGCUCACAAUCUCCGAGGUGUCAGGACAAGGACUAUGUCUGGGGACAGUACCCUACACCCACCAACACCUGUGUAAUCGCACCCAGGCACUUGUUCCAGGACCCCACUAUCUCGUGGCUCCCAACGGGACUUACUGGGCCUGUAGCACUGGACUUACACCAUGCCUCUCCCCCUCAAUACUAGCCAACACGGCCGAUUAUUGUGUGCUCAUAGAACUGUACCCCAAGAUAGUCUACCAUGCACCUGAAGAUAUCUAUGCCCAAUAUGAAACAGGGGUCCCUCGUAUAAAAAGAGAGCCAGUCUCGCUAACCCUGGCCCUGAUACUAGGUGGAUUAACUAUGGGAGGAGUCGCCGCCAGAAUAGGCACAGGUACCACUGCCCUCAUGGAAACCAACCAGUUCAGACAACUCCAGGUUGCCAUGCAUACCGAUAUCCAGGCACUGGAGGAAUCCGUGAGUGCCUUGGAAAAGUCACUCACCUCCCUGUCUGAGGUAGUUCUGCAGAACUGGAGGCGAUUAGACCUCCUCUUCCUGCAGGAGGGGGGGUUAUGUGCCGCCCUUAAAGAAGAAUGUUGCUUCUAUGCGGAUCAUACUGGGGUGGUGAGAGAUAGCAUGGCUAAAUUAAGAAAGAGAUUAGAACAAAGACAAAAACUCUUUGAAGAAUAGCAGGGAUGGUUUGAAGGAUGGUUCGGAAGGUCCCCCUGGCUCACCACCCUCAUCUCCACCCUUAUAGGACCCCUUCUGAUUUUAUUGCUCCUUCUGACGCUCGGGCCCUGUAUCCUAAACAGACUUGUCCAAUUUAUCAGGGAACGCGUUUCUACUGUUCAGACCUUGGUAUUGACCCAACAAUACCAACGACUCAACCAGGUGGAAAUGGAGCCACAUCCCUAUUCUUCCCCAUGAAUGGAGGAUUCCAUUCCCUGAGAUAAGAAAAUGGGGGAAUGAAA